AUUUUAAAAUAUAUAAAAAUGACGAACGUCGUAGCAGUAUCAACUGGAGAAAAUUCGACCGUUGGCCCACUAAAGAAUGUGAAGAAAAGUACGAUGACACCCAUUGAGAUAUCUAUUGAGCAAUUGCCGAACCUCGCAUCAAACUGGUCAACAUUUUUAAGGGAUAUAACAAAUGACCGAAAGCUACGAGUCGAGCGUAUAAAUCGCCAGUCGGAAGAUGUCAGCCAAUUUAUAAAUAGGUUCCCUCUUGUGGAAUCUUAA